AUGAGCAUAUGUAGUUUGCUCGGAAUUCUAUUGAACCUUACCCUUUUAUUUCUCGCAAUUUUCAAAUCACCUGAAACAAUCAAAGCAUAUUCGGCGAUUCUGAUAAAUGUAUCCGUGUAUAAUAUCAUAUCAUCAAUUACACAAUUCUUAACCAAAGCCAGAUUAAUUCGACUUGAUAAUUAUAUUGUCGUUGUUUCAAAUGGUUUUUGCAAUGCAUCCGAAACAACAGUUUGCUACACUUUGUACUUGAGAAUUCGAGAGAAAUAAAUAAAUAAAUAAAAAUAUUUCUUUCAGAUUCGCAUUUAUGCUUCACGCGUUCAGCCACGUUCAAUGGUGUACAUUGUUAAGUUUUAUAUUCAGUUAUAUUGUUUUGCGAAGUGGGAAAAUUGGUUGGAACACAAUUUCACUAUUAUUAUUGUUAAUUUACACACCAUCAGUUAUCCAAUUUGUAAGUUGAAUGAAAAAAAAACGGUUUUUUUUCGUUUACAAUUAACAAUAACCACAAUUUAACGUAAGUAUUGUUUCAGAUAGCAUUUCUUCUUCCUUCAGACCACUUGAGUAAUGUUUAUUCUACAAUUUCAUAUACCUAUCCAGAAUAUUCAUUAGACCCUCAUAAAAUCAUCGGAACAACACCAUUGUCUUCAUUCGCAAUAUUUUACACUGUUUUCAAUAUGUCAGUUACCCCAAUUCCAAUUAUUAUAGCUGUUUUUAUUAUUCGUUUUAAAUGCAUACAAUUUCUUUCCGAAAAUAAUCAGCAUUUGCAAGAAGAUACCAGAAAACUGCAUAAACAAUUCAUAAAAUCAAUCACAUUUCAAGCAAUCUAUCCAACAUUAUUUGCUGUCAGCGGAUUAAUCUUUCUUAUUCUACAAAGUUAUGAUCGUUCAGCAAUAGUUUUCGAAUUUUCAAUCUUCAUUAUUUUUGCAUUAAUGCCAGUCAUAUCUCCUCUUGUUUAUAUUGUCUUCAUAGCUCCUUAUAGGAAAACAAUCUUAACUCUCACUAAAUGCCAAAAAACAAAAUGA